AUGGCCUCUUCUUUUCACCCUCUCUCUUUUCUGAUUUUCUUCUUCUGUUCACUCCUCUUCACUCAUGCUGCAAUUUAUUUGGAUCCUUCGGAUCACAUUGCUCUGUUGACUAUCCACAAAAGCUUGGGGAUCACUAGUCAACGUCAAGGGUUGGAGAGCAAUCCUUGCAAUUCUCCGGGAAUAUUCUGUGAACGGAGGAUCUCGAACGAGUCCUAUGUAUUCCGUGUUACGCGAAUCAUCUUUGAUUCGCGGAAGCUUGGUGGAUUUCUUUCUCCUGCCAUUGGAAAACUUUCGGAGCUGAAAGAGCUUUCGCUGCCAAACAACCGGCUCAUUGACCAAGUCCCAGCUCAGAUAGCGGAGUGCAAGAAGUUGGAAAUUUUGAAUCUCUAUAACAAUCAGUUUUCCGGGGAGGUUCCUUCUGGGAUAUCUUCCUUGAGCCGGCUUCGAAUUCUUGACCUGUGUUCUAAUGAGUUUUCUGGGGAGCUGGAUUUCUUGAAGUAUUUUCCUGACUUGGAAAAGCUUGACCUUUGCAACAACAUGUUUAGCGGUGAAGUGCCAACCUCCCUGCGUUCUUUUACAAAUCUCCGCUCUUUCAACAUUUCUGGGAAUAAAUUACUUAAAGGAGAGAUGCCAGUGAUGAAAGGAAUCAAGCUUUCAUCAGCAAGGUUGUUUGGGGAAGAGGCUCCAAGACGUUAUAGAUUUGUAGAGAAUUCACCCCAGAGAAGUGGAAAUGAUGCAAGGGCACCGCUCGGAAGUAGAUAUUCCGAAGAAGCACCUGCUCCUUCACCUCAGGUGGCAAAACGCAAGCAUAAGAAAAGUAAGAGCAAGAAGGUGAAAGGAUGGCUUAUCGGUUUUUUUGCUGGAGUAGUAGCAGGGGCCUUAUCUGGAUUCGUGUUCUCUGUGCUUUUUAAGUUGGUCAUGGCAAUCAUCAAGGGUAGAAAGAAGGAUACUGGUAUAGCAAUCUUCAGUCCGACAAUCAAAAACUUGGAUUUUCUCGAUAAAGAGGAUGGAUUGGCCUCAUUUGAAGUCAUUGGAAGGGGUGGGUGCGGAGAAGUUUACAAGGCUGAUUUACCAGAAGCUUAUGAUAAAACACUCGCUAUAAAGAAAAUUAUCCAACCCUCAAAGAAUGCUUCAGAACUUACUGAAGAAGACACGAAACUUCUGAACAAGAAGAUGCGACAGAUCAAGUCAGAAAUUCAGACCGUGGGUACAAUCAGGCACCGUAACAUUCUUCCCCUGCUAGGCCAUGUCUCUCGACCAGAUUGUCAUUAUUUGGUAUAUGAAUACAUGAAAAAUGGAAGUUUACAGGAUAUGCUGAAUCAAGUAUCUCAAGGAAAUAGAGACUUGGACUGGCCUUCAAGGCACCGAAUUGCCACUGGUGUGGCAGCUGGGCUUGAGUAUCUACACAACCACACACAUCGCAUAGUUCACAGGGAUCUCAAGCCAGGUAACAUUCUCCUUGAUGAUGACAUGGAAGCUCGAAUUGCAGAUUUUGGGCUCGCAAAAGAAUUACCAAAUGCCGAUACACAUGCUACAACAACUAAUGUGGCAGGAACAAUAGGAUACAUAGCACCAGAAUAUCACCAGACUCUGAAAUUUACAGACAAAUGUGAUAUUUACAGUUUCGGUGUGCUUUUAGGGGUCUUAGUGAUGGGAAAACUUCCUUCUGAUGAAUUUUUCCAGCAUACGAAUGAGAUGAGUUUGGUGAAAUGGAUGAGAAAUGUCAUGACCUCAGACGAUCCGAAAAGAGCAAUUGACCCAAAAUUAAAGGGAAAUGGAUUUGAGGACCAAAUGCUUCUGGUUCUUAAGAUUGCUUGCUUUUGUACUCUUGAUAACCCAAAAGAAAGGCCUACCAGCAGGGAUAUUGGGGUCAUGUUGGCACAGAUCAAGCAUUAGUUAUGCUACAUAAUUUACAAUAAAAAUGUAUAAUCUUAAGUAUCGUGCAGUUUGUGUGCCAAUUAUAGGUAUAAGUUUAAUUCAUAUCCUGCAACUUGUAAGAUGGAAUUUGUUUCAGUCAAUAUACUUUGUUAAACUU